AUGAGUAACCUGCGUCUCCAGAAGCGCCUUGCCGCAUCCGUUCUCAAAUGCGGCAAGAAUAAAAUUUGGCUCGAUCCCAAUGAAGUCAGCGAAAUCUCCAAUGCCAACUCGAGGCAAAAUAUCCGUCGCUUGAUCAAGGAUGGUCUCAUCAUCCGCAAACCAGAAGUUGUUCACUCACGUUACCGUGCUCGUCUUUAUGAAGAAGCCCGUAGAAAGGGACGACAUUCUGGCUACGGUAAAAGGCACGGUACGAAGAACGCCCGUAUGCCAGAAAAGGUUUUGUGGAUGAGACGUAUGCGUGUGCUCCGUAAUUUGUUGAAGAGAUAUCGCGAGUCGAAGAAGAUCGAUAGAUCCUUGUACCACGAACUGUACCUCCGUGCCAAGGGUAACAACUUCAAGAACAAGAAGCAUUUGAUGGAGUACAUUUUCCGAAAGAAGAGUGAGAACAAGCGUGCUAAGCAACUCGCUGAUCAAGCUCAAGCCAGACGUGACAAGAAUAAGGAAGCCCGUAAGAGAAGAGAGGAGCGACAACAUGCCAAGCGAACGGAGCUCCUUCGCAAGAUUUCGGAGAGUGAGAGAGCCGCCGCAGCUGAGCAGAAGUAA